AUGGCAGAGUCACUCCCACAGUACACAGCCGCUGCAACCCCGCAAUACGACUACAUCCCAAACCAAGGCUACAUCACGAACCCUGACCGCUUUGCCGACCCUGAGCAGGCAGGAGAGAUAUCACAGGCAGUGGCGCCCACACAGCUCCAAGAGGAAUACGACAAUCAUGAUGACGAGGAAGAGGACGAGGACUCAUAUGAUGACCUUUUUGACGACGAGCUAAACGACCAGGACUGGACAGAGUCCGGAGGAGGCGGGGGUGGCGACUUUACAAAGUCGUACAAUCGACAGCGGAAAGCGCUUGAGGCGACUAACGCCGCAAGUGCAGAAGGUGUGGUCAAGGGAAACAAACUGAAGCCAAAGGCAAACGUCAAGGCACGCGUUGACGACCAGAUACAGAGCUUGACCAAGUUCGCGGCCAGGAUAAAAUUGGGGGAUAUGGAGAGUGGAAUGGGGGGUGUUAGCAAAACUACGGACAAAUCCGAACGCGCAACAUCCGAACAAGUGCUAGACCCCCGCACCCGCAUGAUACUCCUGCAGCUGAUCAAUCGCUCAACCAUCCACACCAUCAACGGCGUCCUCUCUACAGGAAAGGAAGCCAACGUCUACCAUGCUCUCUCCGACUUACCAGACUCGUCCUCGCCCCUGCAUCGCGCGAUCAAGGUCUAUAAGACGGCCAUCCUAGUCUUCAAAGACCGAGACCGGUACGUUAGCGGCGAACACCGCUUUCGCAAUGGAUACAACAAGUCCAACCCUCGUGCUAUGGUCAAGAUCUGGGCCGAGAAGGAGAUGCGCAACCUCAAGCGCCUCUGGGCCGCCGGUAUCCCAUGUCCCGAGCCCCUCUAUCUUCGCCUACACGUCCUCGUGAUGGGCUUCAUUGGCGACAAGAAGGGGUGGCCGGCGCCGCGUCUGCGCGACGCUCCCAUUGAUGACGAACGGGUGUGGGACGCACUGUACCUUGAGCUACUGGGGCUCAUGCAGGCCAUGUAUCGGCAGUGCCGUCUAGUGCACGCCGAUCUGAGCGAGUACAAUGUUCUGUAUCACCAGAAACGGCUGUGGAUCAUUGAUGUGUCGCAGUCGGUGGAGCACGAUCAUCCGCGCUCGCUCGAGUUCCUGCGCAUGGACAUCAAGAACGUGCGCGAUUUCUUCCGCAGGAAGGGCGUCGAGACGGUGCCGGAGAAGCGCACAUUCGAGUGGAUUACAAAGGGCGACGAGCCUGUGGAGACGCUGCAGAGGGGCGGAGAGAUCGAGACGGAGGUCGAUAUCGAGGUCUACAGACAGGCGUAUGUGCCCAGGACACUGGAGGAGGUGUACGAUGUCGAGCGAGAUGCAGAGAAGGUCGGGCGCGGAGAGGGCGCAGAUUUGGUCUACAAGGACCUUCUGGCAGAAAAGAAGGUCGUCGCGGACGAAGAUGAAGGUGACAGCGAAGACGAGGAAGGCGACAGCGGCGAUGAUAGCGAGGAGGGGAGUGACGGUGAGGACGAGGAUGGUGCGCCAAAGCUUCACAGGAAGGAUAGAGACGCAGACAAGAAGCCUCGAGGGAAGAAGCACGAAGACAAGGACGAAAAGAAGGACCACAAGAAAAAAGUCAAGGAGGAGAAACGCGAGAUGCGAAAAACCAAAAUGCCUAAACACGUCAAAAAGAAGAUGAUCAGCGGCAAGAAAGGGAAAUGA